CUCACACACUCAGAGAGCAGCAGCAGCAGCAGUGGGAGCAGCGGGAGCAGCGGGAGGUAGUUUACACCUGUGCACCGCCGGAACCACUUCAACAGGAUUUUUUCUUUUCUUUAAAUUCACUUAACAGAGUCCGCGUUUAAGGCGCAGUGUGGGACACUUGCAUCGAGAGGCUGUGUCGGACCCCUGUUUUGUCCGGCAGACACACAAGUUAUUUUUUGUCGGGUGAGAGUAUAAGUUUUUGGUUGUUUUUUUUACACCGGAGCCGAGAAGGCACCUGAGGCUGUUGUUUGAAUCUUGCGUCGGUAUCAGAGACACAGACGGACGGUGGUUCCAGCAGGAGCAGCGGAGUCAACCAUGGCGAGACAUGACGCCCGAAAUUGGAUCGGACUGUUCUGCCUGGUGUCGUCGAUUCUCACAGACCACGGAGUGAUGGGUCAGCGAGUAAAGGUGGAGCCAGAGGUUUUGUCGUAUCCUGGCCAGACUGUGAACCUACGCUGUGCCUUCACUGAUGCCACUGGGAUUCAACUCACAAUGGUCACAUGGAUCUAUGAGCCGAAGGAAGGAGAAAGGAUCAACAUCGCUGUGUUGCACCCCAGCUUUGAACCCAACUACCCUCUCUCACCAAUGAAGGGCAGAGUCAGCUUCUCACCCAGUCCCCCAGACCUGGCCAGCCCUUCCAUCCAGAUAAGCAAUGUUAGGAUGACCGAUGAGGGGAAGUAUGUUUGCGAAUAUGCUACCUACCCAAUUGGCAAUGAGCAGGGCAUCACCAAUCUUAUUAUGCUUGCUAAGCCUCAGAACUCGGCCUCCGUCGUAACAGUGGAAGCAGGCACUAAGCCGGUCGUUGUAGCACGCUGUGAGUCCGUGGACGGCCGCCCUGCUGCCAAGAUCUCCUGGGUGACCGCAGCCACUGGCAAUGGAACAGUGGUGUCAAAGGCUGGUAAUGACAACACUGUGACGGUGAGCAGUGAGUACCGCAUGAUUCCCACUCCAGCAGACAACGGGAAAGACAUCAGCUGCGUGGUGGCACACAGGACCCAGGCCAAACCCGAAAGCUUCCCAUUGAAGCUAGCAGUUCAAUAUGCCCCUCAGGUGACAAUAGUGGGUUAUGACAAUAAUUGGUACGUGGGUCGUACAAAUGUGGUGCUCACUUGCCAAGCUACUGGAAACCCUGUCCCAAUUUCUAUCCUGUGGAACACAAUGUCAGGCGUGAUGCCAGACACGGUGCAGAUCAAAGGCAACGAGCUGAAGGUACUGAAGGUGGACGAGGCUGUCAACACCACUUUUGUUUGUGAGGUCAAGAACCGCAUUGGGACCAGCAGGGAUCAGGUCACAGCCAUAGUCAGAGAGCCCUCAGUGAACCCAUCCAAUGCUGGUGUGGUGGCGGGAGCUGUGAUUGGCUCCCUGCUGGCCCUCCUUUUGGUCGCCGCCCUCAUCUGCGUCCUUGUCACCCGUAGCCGCAGGCAACAGCAGGGUUACCGCGCCAAUGGCGGCAGUGACAUGAAGACGCGCAUAUUUGGCGGUGGCAAGAAGGCGAGCAAGAAUGGCACAAGUGGAGGUGCAGGGAGUGGAGGAGUUGGAGGCGGCAACAACAAUGGGCCCAUCUAUGUUUACAACGAGAGCUCAUCCCACCAGGGUAUUGGAGAGAAAAACAACCAUCACCAGCCGCUCACCAUGGGAGGUCGGCCUGAAGUUGUCACCACUACUCCCACUGCCCAAGACAUCCUGUUAAGCAGUGAGUUAGAUGAGGCAGAGAGGAGGAAGUUUGAUGAGCUGGAGGAGGAGGAGAGGUAUGACCACUUUGGUGGAGGUGGCCCCAUCCUUCAGCUCCGCCCACACAAUGACCAGGAGGAUAUGAUUGGAGACUAUGAUGAUGACAUGGAGUCCCAUCGGGACGGAUCUGUCAUCUCACGAACUGAAGUGUAUGUAUAAAGGAGGAGAAGACCGAAAGAGGAGAAAAAGGAGUGAAAGGGGAACCCUCCCAAGGAUUAUGUGAUUUCAGAAGAGAAAAAUUAUACCACUUUUAUUUUUUAGAUAUUGAUUUUAAAUGUAGCCCCUUAUUAAUCACAGCGCAGCCCCAAAAUUAACUGAAUGAACAGAAGGGUGAGGUGGGAUACGCUGGUCCCCAUGAGCGGAAAAUCAGAAAAGAAACAACCUCUCUCUCUCACCACUUCUGUUCAUGCUAUCGCUAUCACCGGGACCAUGAUGAGGACUCUUGACAGACUAAAAGAGAGAAACAAUGUAGUGUAGAAGAGAGGAAAUGGUGUCAUGAUACAAACUUGGCUAUAAAGGAGGCGAUGCACAUGCAUAUUCACACUUAUUCACCAAAACCUUAGAAGUGGGUGAGGUUGUCGAGCAGUUUUGUUUAGCCUGUUAUUCUUAAUUCUCUGGUGGGAAACGUCUUGUUUGCACUGUGCUCUGACAGCUGGUAAGUAGUUAGUGUAUAGUGGAGUAUGGGGGAUUCUAAAGGUAUAGACGGUAACCAGCAGCAAAUUUAGAGAAGAGAAACUUUUACUUUUCUCACGUCUGCUGGCAAGUUCUCCUUCCCACUCUCUCUGCCUGUCUCUCUAACUUAAAAAAAAAAAAAAACAUCCUCACAGGCCGCAGUAGACACUUGAAUUUACCCAACUUAAAUUGAAUAUUUGGUCCUUAUUUACUGUACAAAUGCUGCACAGCUCAUUUUAACCAAGUAAGUUUGUGGAGUUUGAACCGUUUUCUUCAGGUACUUUGCUGCAAAUUUUGAUGCUGUGCCUGGAGGUAAGAGACGGUAAACAAGAGAGGAGAGAAUGAGAUGUAGUCAAUGUGACGGGGUCAAAGGAUGGAGAGAGCAAUGCAGGAGAACUAGAGAAGAGCAUGUCUCUUCUUCUCUCUUCCUCUUCAUCCCAGUCUCUUCAGAGCGCUCCUGACAGGAGGAGCUUGAGUGGUAAUGAGCCGUGAAGUUGCUCGCUUAGCCAAGACCCACAGAUUGCCACCACUUAUUGUUUAAGAUGUGGCAACCCCCCCCCCCACCACCACCACCACUAUCUCUCUCUCUCUCUCUCUCUCUCUCUCUCUCCCUCUCUCCAUCCCUCACUCCCAGUGUUUAUGGGGAGUUCAUGAUUUAUCCCAGGCAGUGUUGAGGUCAGGGCCACAGAGACCAGGCAAGUAUUUUACUGCUCCUGAUAUGUCAAACGCCCCACUUACUCUAUUCCUGCCCAGCUUGCCCUGACAUGCCAGGACUGAAUAAGUCACCUGGAGCGGCCAUGUUCUCUCCAGCACACUACCACCACACUAUCACCCUACCACCAGCUCCUACACUGAAUGGGAAUGGCUGGUUUAGACUGAACUUCACCUCAAAACCCGCGUUUGGAUCGAUCGAUAUUCAGUGAGAUCAUAUAAUAUUUCAUUCCAUUAGCGGAUGUUUUUAAAUGUUGCAAAUUGAUUGUUGCGUCCGCAGUUAAGCAACGGGAGGCAUAUUGACUAACUGGCAACAUGCAGUGAAACGGCCCUUUAUGAUGCAGCUUCAGGGCUGAUGGUCCCCUGACUGUGAAUUUAUCCUCAUAACGAGCCACCAGAGGCCAACUCAAAGACAGUAUUCCAUGGCGGCUGUACACUGCUGUCUGUGUGCAUAUGUCAUUGUAUCUACGCAGUCACUGGAUGACUGUGAUGGACAAUCUUAGAAGAAGAAGAAGCUCGAGUCUCGCGUCUCUAAUCAUGCUUUUUCUGAACUUUUAAUCGUCUACCCUUUUAUCCAAUGAGAAUGUGGUGAUCUGGGAUGUUCAGCUUGCUGCAGGUCGUGGCGUCAAAUGCAGGGUGACCCACCGCCAACAGCAAGGAUGACUGCAUUCCUUACCGUGACUGUUUUUACCCUUGAACUAUAGAUGUGGGACACACUCGCGUACAAGUAUUCAUAUAGAAUCAGACAGCUCUUGUUUGCCAUUAUUGUGGUGGCUGUUAACCUUCAGAGAGGUGGAGAGAGAAAAAGAGAGCAACACAGUAGGCAGAUGACAAGAAUAGAGGCGGUGUUUUAUGUUGGAGCACCGUCUGGCAUAUUGUAAGGCGGCGUGUUCAAUAGGAUUAUUGUGUAAUGGGCCUUAGUUUAUUCAUAAAUGCAACUCCUGUCAAAGCCGAGUAAAGUACAUUUACUCAACACAGCUGAUUUGUCACAACCACUCAAAAUAAAGAUUCAUCACUUAUUUUUGCACUUGUGUGUGUGUCACCACUGCAAAGCAAACUAUGAGUGUAAUAUUUGUUUCAUGGGGUUAAAAAAAACAGCAUUAAGAGACAAAACUGCUUUAUGUACAUUUUGAUGUGAGGUAUCCGUGGACUAUAUAUGUAAGCCUUUUUAUUUUUAUUGUGAAAAUGUGGAUAUUUAUGAAAAUGUAAAUAUCAGAUAAUCAGUGGAGGUAGUGUUGCCAGUGUUGUGGUAAUAAACAUGAAGAAGUUGUGGGUUGGCUAACCCUAAAGCUCAGAGGGCAUUUAGAAUGUAAUUAAAUGAAUACCAUGGUUGUUUGGGUUUACUGAACGAACUGAGCCCAGUUUACCUGAAGCCUAUCCGUUUUUGUUCAUGUUAGCAUUGCCUGCAGUUCCACAUAAUAAGCACACAGUAUUUUAUUUUUUUGCACAAUUGGCUUAUUCUCCUCCUUGACAGACGUGCUGCACAAUGCAAAAAUACACACAAUGCACACUGUAUAAUUUAUCAGGUAGACUGUAACUACACAAGAGAUGCUCUGUGUCGUUUGCUUAGUGUGAGAAUAUAAUUGUCAGUGUGUGUUUUCAUGAUGCUUUGAGCCUUUGGGACAUUCCUUUCCAUCGUGGGGGCUAUAACCCAAGUAGCCACCUUUUGUCACCACAGAAAACUGGCAAAUGAAAGAUAUUAUUGUGCAUUUCUGAGGCGUACACCCAUACUGUACAUAUACAUACACAGAAUGCAGAGAAACAUUCACCCACACACAAACACCCCUCAGUCACUCUCAUUAUGCUCACUCCCACAGCCAACUGUGCAGAAGACACCUCAUACCUGACAACUCUGCCAUCUCCUGACACAAGCCCACACAAAUUCAUUUGCACAGCCAUGCACACAGAUUCACACACACACACACACACACAGACAACUUUUUUCCCCCCUCCUCUUGCUCAGUUGCUCCAUCAGGACAUAUACUGUGUCUUGCUCGACUGUAAAGAGUUGCAGCAUGACGUGUCCCCUUGCUCCACUGCUUUCCAUCCCCCAAAAUGUCCAGCUCGUUCCCAAACCAGCUUGGACAGGUAUAUGUUCAUACAUGUGCACUAUCACCUAGUGUCAGAGGAAUAGACUUUUAAGGAAAUGUUUGGUUUUUUUUUGUCUGUUCCACGUUUGUUCGACAUGGGACAGAAAGCUUUCACAACAAACCCCCCCCCCGCAGGACUUCUUUUAAUGCUUUUACAUCGUCACAACUUCCUACUCGUGUCUAAAAUGCUUUUCUCACUCCCACCUCUGACAAACACACAUAAACGCACAUAUUUGCCACCACAAUACCCCAAUGCCCCAGGCAGGCUUGUCACAUCAACAAAAUGCUUUCAGAGAAAUCAGCAAUGCUGUUCUAGGUCUAGCACAAGGUUAGAUAAAAAUGCCCAGUAUCGUUCUUCAGAAAUCUAUAUCCUAUUGCUAUUUCCCCAGCUUCACACAUGUAGUGAUAACUAAUCAAAGCCUUUAAAUCUCCAUCUCACUCAUAAAAGGACAAAAAAGAUAAAUCCUUACUGUGUACAUAGUAUAAAUGUAUAAAUAUGUAGCAGAGAAAAAAAUUACUAAUUUAUGGUGUCACAUUGGUGUAUUUCUCUGUGACAGCAAGCAUGAAGAAUUUAUUUUCUCCUAUUACAGUUUCUCCUUUCUGUUAUUUUGCAGUGCUUUAUAAUUUAUGUUUUCUGAGUGCUUUAUUCAUGACUGCUGCGCUGUGAUUGCUGCCAAAACUGGCAAAUGUGCUUCUUCUAUACAAAUGAACUGUUCACGCAACAAAAUGGUUUUGUCCCAAAAUGUGCUUUUUCUUGUUGACAGCUUUGUGUAAAAGUUCUUUCUUUUCUUUUUUAUUUUCUUCGUUUUUGUAUUUUUUUUUAUUUUAAAUUUAAAUUUUGUUCUUCGAGGAGUACGGAAUUACAGUUGUUGUCAAUAUUUUGUGUCGAGUCUUUCUAUAUUUUUCUUUCGCUAUUAAAGACUUCUUGAUUUUUGAAAUGUC